AAAGGGUAAAAUUGUAAAUUCAGGAGGCUGAACUGGAAGAAGAGAAAAAACUGGAUAAGAGUAACGCUGCUGCUCCUCUCCACUGCCAAACGCGAGAUGACAAUUACCAUCUACAACCCGGCGCAUGUUAGCACCGGCAGCUUAAAUUUGCGUAUCCUCCGUUCUCCGCCGCGGCGAACCUUUUCGCCGGCGCGAUGUCACCGCAAUUUUAGCUUGAGUUGCGCUUUACUCCCGGAGAAAAGGCGGGAAAGCAGACGAUCGGUCACCGUAGCCCUCGGAGUCUUGCUUCAAUGGCUCUUAGUACCUAAAGAUGCAGGAGCAAGCCCUUUUGACAAGUAUGUUAAGAGGAAAAAGCUUGAUCCGCUGGAGACUUAUAUACCAGCUGUGCUGUUGGCGGGGGUGCAGAUUAAGGAAUUAGAGAAAUCUUUGGAGGCUGAUCAACCUAAAUAUGGCGAUUGCCGGAAUAUAUUGCGUUCUGGUCCUGCAUCAUCUCUUCGUGUCAAUAUUCGAGCAGUAGCACAAUAUGCAUCUGAUGAUGGAAAUGGUGAAUCAGCUUCCAGUGAUGUUGAUCAGUGUCUGAGUGCAUUGGAAGGACUUGACUCAUUGCUUUUGCGUGCAUCAAGAAAUGAUCCAGGGGCCUCAAUUGACUCGAUGAAGGCAAAAAUUACUACUGCUCUAAAUGCAUUGGACAGUCUUCUGAAAACCGUCCCAGCUGAUAUGCUUGACAAGGGAAAGAUUGUAGCUGAUUCAUAUUUCUUUGCUGAUGAGGAAGAUGUAACACCUGAGAAACUGGACCCGAAUCUGAAGCAACUGGAAUCAAUACUGUAAAGAAUAUGAGAAUGCUAUGGCAUUAGCUUUGGAUACGAAGCCUCUUUCUGAACCAGGUCUGACUGUUUCAUCCUAUCAGAGUUUUUAUAUUGCUCGAAAACAAAAACCCAUGAGUAGAUGUGGUUUGGGAAGGGGGGCCGGGGUUCUCUUACUCUCUUAAUUGAUUAAACAUAAAACAGAAGACCCAAAAUAUGCUCUUGUAUUUAGUUUUCUUUUUUAAUUCUAAAGAUUGUAUAGGAUAUCUUCCAAUAUACUCUAAAUUUAUAGCAGUAUUAACUCUGAAAUA